GGCACGCGCUAGUGCAACGGAGUGGCUUAUCGCCGCAAACGACGAGACGGGGCUGAAAGGUCGGUGGCUCGGUGGGUCUGUCUGUCGCUCUGUGGGUCUGUCGGUCGGUGGCCCGGUCUGUGGGUGGCGCACGACAGCGAGUAGCGCUCAGCAAGAAGAGCCAACGGUUUCUAUUAGGUGGACCAGUGGCAGCCAAGUCUUCACAGGUUUCUCCAACACACACUACACAGGAGGAUGGCGGUGAAUGUCUACUCCACGUCAAUGACCAUAGAGAACUUGAGUCGCCAUGAUAUGUUGGCCUGGGUCAAUGACUCUUUACAGCUCACCUACACCAAGAUAGAACAGCUAUGUUCAGGCGCUGCGUAUUGUCAGUUCAUGGACAUGCUGUUUCCAGGGUGCAUCUUGUUGAAGAAAGUCAAGUUCAAUGCUCGCCUGGAACAUGAAUUCAUCCACAAUUUUAAAGUCUUACAGGCAGCCUUCAAGAGAAUGAAUGUGGAUAAGAUCAUCCCUGUGGAGAAGUUAGUGAAGGGGAAGUUCCAGGAUAACUUUGAGUUUGUCCAGUGGUUUAAGAAGUUCUUUGAUGCCAACUACGACGGGAAGGAGUAUGACCCUUUACAGACACGGCAGGGCCAAGAGGGAACACCUCUACCCAACCCAGGACCCAUGAGAACAUCUCCCACUGCUCCCAAGACUGUCCCCACUCCUCAGAGGCAGAUCAGCGCAACGCCUCCCCGCAGGACCACACCUAUGAGCCGCAAUGGAGGAGACGCAGAGCUCCUAGAGCUUAACCAGCAGCUGUUGGACCUGAAGCUGACCGUCGAUGGUCUGGAAAAGGAGAGGGACUUCUACUUCGGUAAGCUGAGAGACAUUGAGCUGAUCUGCCAGGAAAACGAAAGCGAAAAUAGCCCUGUUCUCAGCAAAAUCAUGGACAUACUGUACGCCACAGAGGAGGGCUUUGCACCACCAGAGGAUGAAGAAAUUGAUGAGGGGCCACAUGGAGACCAGGAGGAAUACUGAACCCUCCUCUCUCGCUCAGCAUCUGUCAGACUUGUCCACUCCCUCUCCCCAUGUCUCACCUGCUCAUGAUUGUCAUCUUCCCCCUCUUUUUUACUAUCUCCCCUCAUUCUCAUGUACUCCCUGCGGCUGUCAGUAUACACAUCAUGACUCUGUUGCACAGCCUUGCUUCCCAGACUCCUGCUAGCAGAGGACACUUAACCCAGACCGGUCUGGAACGGGGCUUUGCAGCCCGGCUUGCCUAAAUCACCACAUUCUAAUCUGUUUCAAGAGGGGACAGCUGCAUGGCAGGACUAGUUUGGCCUGGCAAGACGUAGUCCUGUACGGGCUAGUCUGUACAUGGUUGUAGAUGUAUGAAGUAAGUAUACAGGGUUCCAGCCCUGGCAGCCCGAGCCAGCAGUGCUCUCUACUCAUUUAUUGAAAUACUUGCCGAGGUAGGGCAGAUAUCUUUACCAUGCACGCUGAGAUGUGACCAUACAAAUAUACCUACAUGCACGGCACGGCACACACUCACACACACACACACACACACACACACACACACACUAGACACACACAAGUGGGCUCUCUGCAGUGUUUGUGGACAGUGGUCCAUCUGGAUGCAGGUUAUCAUUUGAUCAUUUCCAGGCUUCCUGUCUGGAGACGUGACAGAGGGUUGCUACACACUCUGAGCUUCUGUUGUCCGUGUCCACAAAGCCAGCAGCCAUAUCAGCCACACCGUACACCAGAGUCCCGGCUCCCAGGGCAGACAACACUAGGUGCUGCUAUCCAUCAGCACGGCCCACUGCAGUCUUGCUUCCUGUGUCCACACGUAUUUAUUAAGCAGCCUGAAGUAUUUAUCUUUUUAUUUAUUUAUGAUUUUUUAUCUGGUCUUUACACUUGCACUUCCUCAGAAGAGAACAUGUUUUUGAUUUGGGGAAAGUCUUGCACUAAUAUUAGCAGAACCAUCUGACUGGAACCUUCUAGAAGGCCAGCAUGCAGUGGCUGGCUGCAGCUGGACAGCUACAGUUAAAUGCAAUUUUAUACGUUUAGAUUUGUUGUUUUAAAUAUCCAGAUGUGUUGUUUGCAUUUGAUGGUGCAGUGGCGUGCAGGAAGUCAAUGUGAAAUGUAUUUAUAGAGCAGGCUGCAGAAAUGUCAGUCCUGCGAACAGACACAGACGGACGGACGACAGACACCACUUCAUUACUAAUGUCUGACUGUUAUUUGAGUUGAAGUGAUUUUAGCUGCUAUCUCUGUAUUGUUUUCACUUGCCCUAUUUCAUCGGUUGAGUUUGGAUAUGCUGCAUAGCUGUGUCACAUGCUAGUGUCACAUGCUAGUGUCACAUGCUAGUGUCACAUGCUAGUGUCACAUGCUAGUGCCACAUGCUAGUGUCACAUGCUAGUGCCGCAUGCUAGUGCCACAUGCUAGUGUCGCAUGCUAGUGUCACAUGCUAGUGUCACAUGCUAGUGCCACAUGCUAGUGUCACAUGCUAGUGUCACAUGCUAGUGUCACACGCUAGUGUAACAUGCUAGUGUAACAUGCUAGUGUCACAUGCUAGUGCCGCAUGCUAGUGUCGCAUGCUAGUGUCACAUGCUAGUGCCACAUGCUAGUGUCACAUGCUAGUGUAACAUGCUAGUGGCUGCCAGGAACUAGCGGGUCUGAGACAUGUUGAUGGACAGCACAGCGUGUUUCUGUUGACUGACAUCAUCACAGAGAGCAGGCCAUCCCUCCCUCUUUCUCUCUCCCUCUCUCUCACUCGCCCUCUCUCUCUGUCUCUCUCACUCGCCCUCCCUCUCUGUCUC